UCCAUAUUUGUAGAGCGGGAUCCGUUUGCUGCAGUGUUUCUGCUAGCACAGGCAUCAUACAAUAAGCAAUUACGUAACAUAAUCUUAGUCAUCAAUGAAUUUCAGGGAGACUUGCACGACGGCCAUUUUUGUGAAUGAGGACUCCCUUACUGAAGCCCCAGUCAAACAGCAAAACGAAUAUCAUUGGAGACAGUCGACCGCGGUCAGCCAUAGUUUUUUACGUGUGUUAAGAAUAACAUCAUGAGUUCUAAGUUUUUACUAGAAGUAUCUUUUAUAACGCUCACACUUUCAGCUCUGAUCCAAGCACAAUGUAACAUUGAAGGGGUGAUACGUUGUUUGGAAAAUGAAAAUAUACCUUCAGAACAAAUUACGACAGAUUUGCAAACAGCAUGCGAAGCUUACAAAACUACAGACGCUUGUAUUGCCCCCUACCGGAGCUCCUGUGAGUCUGACCCAAUUUUCCAAAAGAUGGUUGCAGGGUUUUCUGAGAUAAGCGGUUUCUGUGUUGGCGGUGCAAGCUGUGAUCCCACCAAAUGCUACGCCAUAUUGGGUAUAGCACUAACCGGAAGUAACCAGCCCCCACAGAAUGUCAACAACUGUGAAAAAUAUCCGAUAUUCAAGAACUGUGUAGAGACACAAAGACCCUCUUGUGAGGGUAACAUAAUGUUCUCCAUGUUGGAUGAGGCCUAUACCCAGCUGACGAUGGCGUGCGUCGGAGGAGUAAUGCCAAUUAUGGACAGUGAAAACUGUAAUGUUACGGGCUUUGGAAGUUGUUUAGAAGAAGCAGGAUGGCAGCUUUCUAAUACGAAAAAAGUUGAAUAUGGAUGUGAUGUUGUUUCUACAACAAUGUUGUGUGUGACCAAGUUUGAAUCAGGCUGCAAGAAUCAUUCAAUAUUUAAAAUUUCAAAACCAGCAAUACAGCAGCUUCAUACAGCAUGCAAGGCUGUUUGUAAGGGCGGAUGUCUAAAUGGAUUGGAUUUUCCAAUUGAGAACUGCACUGACAUACAGAGAUCUAUAUUGUGUCUGGAAUCCCAACUUGAGAAUUGUCCACAGAAUAAAGACAUACAAAGGAAAAUUAAGGGAUUGAAAAAUCUUUGUUCUGACAUAUCUAGGAAGACAGGUAUGAAUUCCUUCAAGACUUGUCUUGCCAGCUCCAAAAUUUACCAGAACUGCAAGCAAUUCUUAAGACCACCGUUGCAAAAAGAAACGGAAAGUAAUGAAUGCAAAAGAAUAUCAGAUUAUUCAUCAUGUGCUACUAUGGCUUUACCUACGUGUGAUAAUGAAGAAAUUAAGGAAUUUGUCUCAGAAACUGCUAAAACACUUGCGAGUUUGAAUUCAAGGCGUGAAGGUGGCAUCCAGUGUCAAUCAAGUGACGGGAGAACAUAUUUUCCAGGUUUGUGGACCCUCGUUCUUACAGGUUUCCUAACAUGGAUGAGCAUUUCCUUCUAAAACAACUACCUCAAUAUUGUUUAUUACAAUGUUUUACAUUUUUUAAAAAUUUUUUUCAAUUUUUCUUGUAAAUUUGGCUGUAUUUAAAACGAGUGCAUAGUGUAAAACUGCUUACGUAAAUAAUCCUAUGGAAGUAUUAGUUUCUCUAGAAUGCGUCCGAUAUUUAUUUAUUUAUAUUGGUAAAUGUUUUCUAUUAUAAAGAACGUUAGCUAGAAUUCAAAUCUGAACUCAUGCUCACACAUUGUUGAAA